UCUACGUGCGUUGUAAGAGAGAAAACAGCUAAAGUGCAUUUCCUAAAUAUUCCAACGUUUUUAACUCCAUUUGUUGCAUUGGAUCAAAGAUCACCGUUGACGGUGGAUUCCUCUUGCCCCAAACGGAAAAAAUGCGAUAUGGAUCGAGAGCGCGAAAGAGAUGCAAAAGGCCUAGAGCCACGCGACUUGUCAUCCACAGGGCGCAUUUAUGCCAGAAGCGACAUUAAAAUCAGCGCUUCACCCACCGUCUCGCCAACGAUCUCAAAUUCCUCUUCACCCACGCCACCCGCCAGUUCCUCAGCAACGCCUCUGGGUUUGCCCGGAGCAGCGGCAGUGGCAGCAGCGGCUGCAGCAUCGGCUGCCUCGGCCGGGGCCAGUUCCUAUUUGCAUGGCAACCACAAACCCAUCACUGGAAUUCCCUGUGUGGCGGCUGCCUCGCGGUACACUGCGCCCGUGCAUAUCGAUGUGGGUGGAACUAUUUACACUAGCUCUCUGGAGACACUCACCAAGUAUCCCGAAUCGAAAUUGGCCAAACUCUUUAAUGGCCAAAUACCGAUUGUGCUUGACUCUUUGAAGCAGCACUAUUUCAUCGAUCGUGAUGGUGGCAUGUUCCGUCACAUUUUAAAUUUUAUGAGAAACUCAAGACUUCUAAUUGCCGAAGAUUUUCCCGACCUAGAGCUGCUACUGGAGGAGGCACGCUACUACGAAGUGGAGCCCAUGAUUAAGCAGUUGGAGAGCAUGCGCAAGGAUCGUGUACGCAAUGGCAACUAUUUGGUGGCGCCACCCACACCAACACCACCUGCGCGUCAUAUCAAGACAAGCCCGCGGACUAGUGCAGCGCCAGAGUGCAAUUACGAGGUCGUGGCCCUGCAUAUCUCACCCGAUUUGGGAGAGCGCAUCAUGCUGUCGGCGGAACGGGCGCUUCUCGACGAGCUAUUCCCGGAGGCCAGCCAGGCAACGCAAUCGAGCCGCAGUGGGGUGUCCUGGAAUCAGGGGGAUUGGGGACAAAUCAUACGCUUCCCACUCAAUGGCUAUUGCAAGCUGAAUUCGGUCCAGGUGCUGACGCGUCUCUUGAAUGCCGGAUUCACCAUUGAGGCGAGCGUGGGGGGACAACAGUUCUCCGAGUAUUUGCUGGCGCGUCGUGUUCCAAUGUGAUAGGCUGGUCCUCCAACCGUCGUGUAAUCAUCCAACCCCACAGCUAGGGCUGCUCUGAGCAGUUUGUCUAAUUCGCAGAAUGCAAGUUUCGAAUCCAAAUGUUAUUUAAUGUUUACCAAUUAAGUUUUUCCGUGCAUUUUUUUGGAAGCCGUUGCGCAGAGCCCAGCACUGAAUUGAGUUAAUGUCCUAAGUUUCUUUUUUAGUUUGAGUUAUUUUAUUAAAUUUAAAUUUA